AUGUCCGUCUUUAUCGACCUUCCCUACGAGCUCUCGGCGGCUCCUGCCGGCUUCAAGCCUGGCCAGUCGUCGGCUAGUACCCUCUCGGCGCCUUCUACCCACGUCCUUCAGCCCGUUGGGCCUGCCUUCCUCGCGCACAAGCGACGAGAGCUCAACAAGCUCACCUUUGCCGAGGACGACAAGAUCAUCUCGGAUUCUCUUGCCGCCGCUGCCGCCGCCGCUGCUGCCAAUGGAGAAGAUGAUGCCGGCGUCGGUGACGAGGAGGAAUCCGAGGAGCUCCUCGCCCGCGACCCCAAGGAGUGGAAGACGCAAGACCACUAUGCGGUGCUUGGUCUGUCGGCUUUGCGAUGGAAGGCGACUCAGGAGCAGAUCAAGAUCGCUCACCGCAAGAAGGUGCUCAAGCACCACCCCGACAAGAAAGCCGGCUCUUCGGGCCUCACUUCCGACGACUCGUUCUUCAAGUGUAUCGCCAAAGCACACGAGAUUUUGAGCAACCCCGAGAAGCGUCGCCAGUUUGAUUCUGUUGACGAGUCGAUCGACGAUGAAGCCGUUCCCACAGGUAAGGAGGCUGCUGAAAAGUUCUACGCUCUCUGGGGUCCCAUCUUUGAGCGCGAGGGACGUUUCUCCGAGCCCAAGAACGGACCGGUACCCAAGCUUGGAGACGCCAACUCGACGCGUGACCAGGUCAACGAGUUCUACGACUUUUUCUACAACUUUGACUCGUGGCGAUCGUUCGAGUACCUUGACAAGGAGAUCAACGAGGGCUCCGACAACCGUGACGAUAAGCGAUACACUGAGAAGAAGAACCGAAAUGAACGUGCUCGCAGAAAGAAGGAGGACAACGCUCGUCUGCGCAACCUCGUCGACAAGGCGCUUUCCAUCGACCCUCGUAUCAAGCAGUUCAAGGCUGAAGACAAAGCUGCUCGCGAGGCCAAGAAGAACAAAGGUCGUCCUGGCGCCAAUGGUGCUUCUGCUGGCGUCGAUCCACGCAAGGCUGCCGAAGACAAGAAGAAGGCCGAAGAAGAAGCCAAGCGCAAAGCUGAAUCAGAGGCCAAAGCUGCCGAACAGGAGAAGGCUGCCAAAGCUGAUGCGAAAAAGCUCAAGGAAGCCGCCAAGAAGGCGAUUAAGAAGGAAAAGAAGGCGCUCAACAAACUCAUCACCGACAACAACUACUUCCAAUCCUCGGCACCCACGCCGCAGCUCAUCGAGGCGCAGCUCAACGAACUCGACGCCCUUUGCGAAAAGCUCGAAGCCGCCAAGCUCGCAGAGUACAGGAAGAAGGCCGAGGCCGCUCCCGCCGCCGACGCGGUCAAGGCCGAGUUCGCCAACGCUGCAAAGGCGGCUGGCAUCGAAUCUUCCGCUUUUGCUUAG